AUGACCAAAUACGCAGAGACUAUGCGCAGCAAGAAAGAGUGGCUUUUGGUUCUGUCCAAGUACACAGAGAUCGAGCAGUUGCACGCUGAUGCCAAGAGAAAACAUCCUUACACCGACGCUCUACAUGAUGUGACCGAGAAUGUACAGUCAUCCAAGAAGAGAGCUCAGGUUUGCACCAAGACUGGGUCUAAUGGCGGCACACACAGUCGAAAUGCUACUUCCAGCACCCAGUCACCAGCUGACAGCCCUGUGUGUGCCCUUUCACUAAAGCAGCACUUGCAAUAUAUGACCAUGGCCGAUGCACUGGGUUAUCCUACUGAUGAGAGCUCCGACGUCAGCGCCAGCUGCUCGAACCACAAAUCCAACGUCAAAAGCGUGUGCUUUGCCCUGGAUUAA